UUCUUUGACAAAAAAAAAAGACACUAUGCUUUCAGAAACUUCGAAAAUAUAUUUUCCAUACAAAAUACACGUCAAAAUAUAUUAAAGAUAUUCUUUUUUUUUUUGGUAAAAUAUUAAAGAUAUUUUGAUAAAACAGAAAGAAAGAAAUAAACUUCUCUCUCUCUCUUUCUCCCCAAAAUAUUUCUCUUUAUAUAGUGAUAUUGAAAAUCCUGCAGGACAGAAUAUGCGCAUAAAACUUUCGUUCUUGUGAGUUCGAGACUCCCAAGCUAUGGCGGAGAAGGUUACGAUAAUGAAGUUGACGGUCGAUCUAGCAUGUUCCAAAUGCUACAAAAAAGCCAAGAAAGCUAUCCGAAAAUUCCCUCAAAUAAGAGACGAAUUGUACGAUGAGAAGACUAAUACAAUCAUCAUCAAGGUGGUUUGUUACGAUCCUGAGAAGCUUAUGAACAAACUCUGCUACAAAGGAGACCGUUCUAUUAAGUCCAUAGUGAUCCUCGAACCACCUAAGCCGCCUCCAGCCCAGGCUCAACCUUCUGAGAAGCCCAAAGAGCCCGAGAAGGUUCCAGCUCCAGCUCCAGUUCAAGCCCCAACUCGAGUUUUUAUUCAGGCUCCAGCUCCGGCUCCGGCUCCGGCUCCCCAACUGAUGCCAAUUAGUGCGUAUCAUUGUGGGCCGUACUAUGAGGCCCAACAGUACGAGUAUUCCUGGAGGCCCGUCAACGAAAGCUGGGGAGGUGGGCCACACCCACCACACUGUUGUCACGAAGUCACGUACCAACAAAGCUGCUCCAUCAUGUGAAUGUGAAACCUAGAGACCACAGUAUAUACCAACAACUAUAUACACGAAGUUGUUUUUAAUUUCUUCGUCUUGUAGUAAUAUUUAUCUUUCGAGGCAUGUUUCAUAUAUGUACACACAAUGACACAAUAUAUGGUUUUGUUUUCUUGUUUA